AUGAGUAUGAAAUUUCUGGGUGCCUUACGACAAGAACUGGACAGGACGCGUUAUCGUCGCAUUGAGAAUGACCUGUAUUCACUUAACCAGACCGAUGAUUUGGCCAAUUAUGAUGCAGCAAAGUUUCCAAACCUGGUAAAAUUCAGGGAUUUCGUCAAAACCGAUGUUUUGCAAUGGCUUAAAUCGGUAUCUAAAAUCGAUUUGAAUUCUGAUGUAGCAAUCACAGGCAGUUGUUACAAAAAUACAGAUUUACUUCUACCGCACGAUGAUCAGUGUGAAGGACGGGCAAUCGCUUUCGUACUGUAUUUGUCUCCGAAUUGGGAAGAAGCCGAUGGUGGCCAGUUGGUUUUAUACGAAACUGAUGAUCAAAACAAUCCCAAAUCAAUCGUCAAAUCGAUGAAUCCGGUGGAAAACACCCUGCUUUUGUUCCCGGUUUCACCGCGUUCAUGGCAUAUGGUCACUGAGGUAACCUCGCAGAAGGAACGCAUUUCGUUGCAUGGUUGGUUCCACAGUGAUGUUUGUGUGACAGCAGAACGAGCGAAAUCAAAAAGCCCCGUUGUUGGACCAAAACCGCACUUGGAUAUUGCUCACGAGGAACUGCGCAAUUGGCUUACACCGGAAUUUAUCGAUUCGAAAUAUCAUUCAGAUAUGAGCACAUAUUUUUGCUCGGAAGGAGAGCUUAAUUUAAUGCAAUUUUUACGUCCCGAAAAAGCCGAGGCACUUUUGCAUGAACUCGACAGUGCAGAUUUUGAAGAAAUUUGCCGACCACACAGAAUGAAACUCAAUCGUUUACGAAAAGAUGCCUUGCCAACCGAUAGUGGUGUUCGUACCCUGUUGCAUUUAUUACGAUCCGAACCAAUGACAUCACUUAUGUCGGAUUGGACGAGUCUGCCUUUGCUCGACGACAAUGGCGAAAAUGAAAGUGAAGAUGGUGAACCAGGUCUGUAUUAUAAUUUAAAUAAGAGGACUUAG